GAAUGAACGACACCAGUGACACCAUAACAUCACAAGCCAGUCACAUUGGGAUAUGUUCACUAAUCAGUAAUUCCUUCAUUUUGAGACGCCGACAUCAAAGUACUUAUAGCUUGCUUCACGAUAUUGAAAUAUCGGAACCUUUGGCGGCAUCUAUCGCGACUGCAUGAGACGAACAGGCAAGGGCGAAACCAGAGAAGACGAGAUCAGAGAAAAGUGGUUAUACCUAGGUAGAAAACGAAAGACAGCAACAAUGGGUGGAGGAAAGAUUGAUGUGUACAUGGACAUCGUGUCCCUAUACAGCUACCUAGCCUUCCUAGACCUCCAACAAAAUGGUGAACUUCUCAGAGCACACAAUGUAGAGGUUGAAUUUCAUCCUGUUCUUCUUGGGGCUAUCGUCGUCGGUUCAGGUAACAAACCCCCCUGGACCCUGCCCGCCAAAGCCGUCUACUUCGCUCAUGAUGUCCGGCGGUCCAUUGCCCGGUUUCCGGGGCUGGUUAUCCAAACGCCCAAGGAUUUGAUGGCUGUUUCCAAGAGUAUUGUCCCCAACCGCGCCCUCCACUUCAUCAAAUCCCACCACUCCCCUUCCACCUUUCUUACCAUUUUACACUACUUCAUGUAUCUCUUCUGGUCUCCUCCCAACCUGGACCUGACGCUGCCGGAAAACGUGGCCAAGGCGUUGUUGGAGUGUCCGGCGGACUUUGAUGGCUCUACCGCUGCUCACAAUGGUGAAGGGGAUCAUAAGAAGGCGAAGUUGUUCACAAAAGAACAAACAGAAGAGAUCAUGAAGGGGACUGAAACACCUCAAGUCAAAGAGGCCCUAAAGAACACGACGCAGGAGGCGUUGGAUAAGGGGGCGUUCGGGAAUCCGUGGAUUUGGGUUACUGACGAGAAAGGGAGGCAGGAGCCGUUUUUUGGGAGUGAUAGAUUCCAUUUCGUCUACAAGUUCCUUGGCUUGCCGUACCAGGAUGUUACGCUUUUGCCUCCUGGUGGCAGGUUGGUGUUAUCUGAGGGGGACGACACGGCCAAGUUGUGAUGGGACCACCAGGAAUUAGCCGUUAUGGAUAGGUAGAUGUUGACAUUAUUUUGAACCUCGAGAGCACCUCCGACGGACGUGUGGAAGGGAUAAAAUCAUUCGCGGAUGAGGCUAUCUUUCUGACUGUGAAGGGAGGGACCGCGAAAUGCGCUGUUAGAUACACCUACUGUAGGUAGGUAUGGACUUCAUACCUCUAGGCUUGGACUUGUCUGGCGUAGCCGUUCGUGCCUUCUGUUUUCUUAAAUGAGAGUUGAGUACCUCGAAGUGGCCAAGAAGGCAGGUACGGUAGUCAACUUGAACGCGAAUGAAACGACCUCAGGUAUACAAUCAAGCAAUGGGAUCGCUGGCGUUCACAUCGUCAAUGGAAGCAGGUCGUGUUUCAUCUGCCUAUCUUUACC